CCCCGCCCAUUUAGACACUUUGAUUCAUGCCCACUGCCGCUCUACCCUCUUAUUUUGUUUCUACAUCACUGAUACGCAUCUGCAUCCCAUCGCUCAAGCUCUCGGAGAACAGGGGAUACAGGGAUGAUGAUGAUGAUGAUGUUAAACACACCGAGAAACUGUGUCAUAUAGAGAGCAUCUCACUCCGCUUUGCAUCUUGGCCAAGGAUGCCGACCACGGAGACAGAGACAGCCUUAUAACAGGGCUUCAGUCUGCCGGACGCAAAAAGCAGCUUGUGUCUGCAGACAACACAACGAGGGACUCUGUACGGAGCUUACAGGGCAUUAAGAGCACCAACUAAUCCUGUCCGUGGCCAAAAAUAUAAAAGCGAAGAGCAAAAUUACGGGCUUUUGCGCGAAGAAGGAAAUGUUCGGACUACAGAAGACGAAGCAGCAAUAGGAUUGCAAUCAUUCAGUGUUAUUUUAAUUUUUGGCUUUUUGAAAUGGGAGCUUUGACAAGCCGUCAGAAUGCAGGAGUGGAGGAGAUCGAUAUACCAUCCAGUUCUGUUUACAGAUACCCACCCAAAUCCGGGAAUUAUUUUGCUAGCCAUUUUAUUAUGGGAGGAGAGAAGUUUGAUUCAACACAUCCUGAAGGCUACCUCUUUGGUGAAAACACUGACCUCAACUUCCUAGGCAACAGACCAGUUGUGUUCCCGUACAAUGCUCCCCCUCCUCCUGAGCCGGUCAAGACCCUCCGCAGUCUCAUCAACAUCCGAAAAGACACUCUGCGGCUUGUCCGGUGUAGUGAAGACAUGAAGCUUCCUGGACAGGAAGUUGGGAAAAGCCACAGCUGCUACAAUAUUGAGUUUACCUUUGAUGCCGACACACAAGUUGCCAUCACUAUAUACUACCAAGCCAUUGAAGAGUUUCACAAUGGUGUGCCAAUAUACUUGCCGCAGGACAGCUCUCUGCAGUCAGAGACGGUGCAUUUCAAACGCGGCGUCUGCCAACAGUUCUGUCUGCCCUCUCAUUACGUCAACUUAUCAGAAUGGGCAGAUGAGGAGCUUUUGUUUGACAUGGAUAGAGACAUCUACCCCAUGGUUGUACAAGCAGUUGUGGAUGAGGGAGACGAACACUUGGGACACUCCCAUGUUCUUCUUGCAUCCUUUGAGAAGCAUAUGGAUGGAAGUUUCUGUGUCAAGCCUCUGAAACAGAAACAAGUGGUGGAUGGUGUCAGUUACCUGCUGCAGGAGAUCUACGGCAUAGAGAACAAAUACAAUAGUCAAGAAUCAAAGGUGGCUGAAGAUGAGAUUAGCGACAACAGCGCUGAAUGUGUGGUGUGUUUGUCAGACGUGCGGGACACACUUAUCCUGCCCUGCAGACACCUGUGCCUGUGCAAUGCCUGUGCAGACACACUGCGUUACCAGGCCAACUGUUGCCCCAUCUGUCGACUACCGUUUCGUGCCCUCCUUCAAAUACGAGCGAUGAGGAAAAAACUGAGCCCGCUCACACCUACUGGAUUUAACCCUGUCAUCACCUCGCAGACGUCAGAUUCAGAGGAGCACUCGGCAUCAGAGCACAUCCCACCUGGCUUUGAGGCUGUGUCCCUGUUGGAGGCCUUGAAUGGGCCCCUGAACCCGUCGCCAUCUGCUCCUCCACUUCAGGGCCUCACCAGGGGCCAUGUUUCUGGAUCUACGCCCACAUAUGGCAGCGAUAGCCACCACACACCCGUGCGCUCCCUCUCACCACUAGAACACUCUGUCAACUCUAGCCAGAAUGGGAAACACAAGAAGAGUGGCUCUAAAUCCCUCUCCCAGAAUUCUUCAGUGCUGCCUGAGGAGGAGGAUGAGAAGUCAUGCAGUGAGUCUGAAGUGCAAACGUGCAGGAGAAAAUUGCAUGUAGAACAGCAAGAGUCUGGAGUGACUCCUGAAAGUGACAACCUCACUCUGUCAUCCUCGGGGGCCAUAGAUCAGUCCUCCUGCAACGGCACCCCUCUCUCCUCUACGAUCACCUCCCCAGAGGACCCAGUAAGCAGCAGCCUGGCCCAGUCUGUGAUGUCAAUGGCGUCCUCUCAUAGCCAGCACUCUCAGAUUAGCACCGACACACUCUCUUCAAUGUCCGGAUCCUACAUGGCUGGGGCAGAGGGAGAGGAGGCCGCAGAGACCCCAGCAGGGAGCCGAGCCCCUUCCCAACAUGAGGGUGAGGAAAUCCCCAACGAGGCAAAAGGGCAUAACUUUGUGGCUGCCAUUCUUGAAGAACAGGAUUCAGAGGGAAAUGAUGUGACUGAGGAAGAUUGUGCAUCUCCCACCAAAGAACAUGGUGGGCGCAGGAGGAGCGAGGUGCCUUGUCCAGAGUUUGACAAUAACAAUCAGGGGCAGUCUGACACCCACUGUAUGACAGGCCUGGACAAUGAGCAGCCUCCUGACGGCCGAUUCGCUGGUCUGUUAUACCUUGACGUCUAUCGUCAUGGGCGGGAUCCUUUGACUCACCAUGCGUCCACCAGCAACAUCAACCUGGACGAGCAAGGGGUCACUAAUGAGGCAGCAAACUCCAAGAACAAACCUCAUCGUGGACCCCUGGCUGUGUGAAAUCCUCAAUCCACCCAGGCGCAGACCUACUCCAAUCCUGAGAGGGAUAUUUGCCUCUUUCUUCAUCCCACCCCUGCCUAAACUCAUGCCCACACCAAUUACUCAUGGAUCAAAUCCUAAAUGCAAACCAGGGAGGAUUGACUGUGUGGUUUCCCUUCUCAUUUGUGAUAGAUGUUAUGUUUUUAGCACUCUUUUGGUGUUGGUACUUGUGUAAAGCACCACAUUUACACCAACGCUCCACCCCCUCAUGUGUAGAGAUGAAGCAAAUCUCCCGAUGAAAGACUGGAAAAUGAGGACAUGAUAAAGACUCCAACCUCUGAUCCAAGCAAUGUUUUUCUCUUAGAGAGCAGGCAAAUUUCAUGUCAAGGCUGUGCGACUAUACUUUUUAAAACGUGUUGUGACGCGUUAUAAUUGCAGCAAGCACUUUUAACCCCCAUGAAUUCAUAAUCAAAUCCUGCUGAUCUGAAUCAACAUCCCUUGGGAUUUUCCUCAGUAAUGUCAGAGAACAUUUGUAUGAAUAUUUCAACUUGUACUCCUGGAGAUCUGCCCACAAUACCCAAGAUAGAUGUUUCAAAAGAAAAUGAUGGAAAACAGAGAGAUUCA